AUGAAUGCCAAUGAAGUGACAAAGGCAGGAAUGGCAGGUGAAGGAGAUGUCGCGAACAGUGUCACUUCUGACUCACCAACGAGUCCAGUUUCUAAUGGUUCCCGUCCAAGCAAGAGGGCCAAUGCACGUAAAAGCAAAAAAGCAGCCCGAGCAUCUCGCGCCUGUAGUUCGUGUCGAAAGCAAAAGACGAGAUGUUUUCCAGCUCCAAACAGUUUGGCUUGCUUGAGAUGUCAAACUUUAGCACUGGAUUGUAGUUUUGUGGAAGAUUCAGAUGAAGUUGCUGUAGGACUCAAUAACUGGGAAAAUGGCAGUGGCGGCGGUUCAGUGUUCACCAGUAGAUUAGACAACGUGGAACACAAUGUUGCCAAAAUUUUAAGAUUAUUAGAAGGAAGAGGAGAUGACACAGAUUCAGCAAUUGAACGGAGAAGGAAACGGAGACGUGCUGAUGGUAGGAUAUUGGGUCAAUUUCAGCCUGCACAUUAUAUUAAAUCACGACCUCGUCGCAUGAGCAGCUCACUACUAAAUACGCCAGAAGGAAUUGCUUCAGCUUCGGAUGUUAAUACCUAUGAUGAAGAUGAGCGAGACGAACUACCAAUUGCUGUUGAAGACAGACUUAAAGGAGCGGCAUUUGGUCGGUCGUCUUUAUCAUUCAAUGCGUCGCCGUUCAAUAUUUUCGGGUCGCUUUGUUCAAGCGCUUACUUGCCCCCUCAAAUUAUGCGUCUGUAUGAACCUCAGAUGGUAGUUCAUGACCAGAAUAUCAUUACUCUAGGUAUUGUCACUGAACAAGAAGCGAGUGAUCUACUGAACCAUUUCAGAGAAAAUUACAAUCGAUGGGUUUCAUUUCCUGAGGAUAUCCCAAUUGAACAGUUACUGGACAGAAUUCUAAAAAGAUGCACAUUUUUACUAACAGUAUGUUGCUGUGUUUCUGUCAGAUAUUACAACAAAAGCCUACGAGUGAGGGCAUUUGACGAUUUGCUACAACGGUUAAUGACCGAAUUGACCCAGUCACUUGUAGUAGUACCGCAGACAAUUGAAUUUAUGCAGGCACUGUGCGUCCUAGCGAUAUAUGCUUCAUCUCUCAGUAAAGGAGAAGUUGUUUUCGACGCUUGGUUUUACAGUGGAAUAGCUCUACAGCAUUUCAUUACCAAAGAUGUUUUAGGACUCGUCAUGUCAUUUGAUGGUGUAGGACCGGCGACCGAGCUCGACGAAAUCACGGCUUAUAGAGUGUGGAACCAUCUAUGUCUUGCACACCUUGUGAAUUGUGUACAAUCAGGACGAAUGUGUAUUCUUGACGAAAUACGACUGAACAUGUGUAGACGAACUCUUGAUCUCAGUUCGGCAACUAAUUUUGACGGUAGAAUGAUUGCCGAAAUAACUCUUCAAACAAUAGUCUAUAAGUUCAUUACCAGUGAUUUGACGUUAGAGUCGAUUGAAUACGAGUUGCAAGACUGGAUGGAAGAAUGGAAAUAUUUAUUUGAGCAGCCAACUGUACAAUUUGUAGAAGCUGGUUUUCACUAUGGCUAUUUUAUGGUACUCUACUACUGGAAUUAUAUUCAGAGUGUAGUCCUAGGUGAGAAUGGCAAAGCACUGCAGGGCCAGGGAGCGCCUAUUCUAGGAGUGGGAAAUGAACUACUGUGUUACCAAACCAUUGCAUCAUGUAGCGACGAUAUUAUUAAAGUGAUGAUGGAGCAUUUGGGAAAUGUCGUUCAAAGUCUAUUGUCAUUUGAUGAUGACGACUACUUCUCAUAUCUAAGUGACCAAAUUCUCUUCUGUGGAUCUUUUAGUGCGCUAAUGAUUGUGAAAAUCAUUGCGGUGUUGAAAACUAGCAACCGUGACAAGAUUCUUAGCAAGACUCUGACAAAGUCGAGUCUUAAGAGUGUCUUGAAUCUUGCCAAGCGAUUUUCAAAGGUAGCUGUAUUUCCAGACGAUUUACCUGGAAAUUACGGAAGCGCAUUAUCUACUUCUCUUGCAUUAUUAGAAGUCACUGGGUUGGAAAGCUGA